AUGUUAUCUACUUUAAGCUUCCAGUCUUUGACGGUGCUGUGUAUGAAGGGGGUGUUGGUAAUGAUGAUGGGGGCAGAGGCGGCCCCCCGUGCCCAUCCAGAGAAGACAGAGAGCCACACACGAACCACACUGCAGACACACAAGAAGCCUACAGAGUCAGAGUCUACAGGUCCCGUCACAGUAAUUCUCCCCUUGCACCUAGACCCAAAUUACUUGGUUCCUUUCCAUUCCAUCAGACCCAUUUGGAACCAUUCAAUCUCCCCAUGGACUUACAACACUACCUAUGACGAUAGACGCUUUCCCCCCAUCAUCUCGGAGGUCAGGUGCUCUCUGAAGGGAUGUCUGAACAUCAAGGGUAAGGAGGACUGGCACCUGAAGUCCAAACCCAUCUUCUACCAGAUCCUGGUCCUGAGGAAGGUGAUGGGAAGUGGGAAGAAAUGCCACUACCGGCUGGAGCCAAAGGUCAUCUCGGUGGGCUGCACCUGUGUCAGGCCUACCAUCAAACAGUAA